GCCCCUCCCCUUCCCUGAGUGUCGAGCGCAGACCUUAGUGACUGAAGCGCCAUUUUGCGUUGCCGUCGCCGCAGCGUAGAAGUUAGGUAAUUGGAGGCAGGGGCAGGAGAAAUUCGGGGCUCGGCGCUCCCUCCUUUGGAUUCCCACUUGUUUGGCCACCUGCCGCCUCAGACACGCGCCAGCAUGAGCGACGUGGAGGAGAAUAACUUCGAGGCGAGGGUGGGGCUAUGCUGCAUUCCGCCCGCAGGGACCGUGCUCCCGUUGGCUGUUUCGACUCCGGGCCCUGCUUUACCGCCUUCCGGACCAAGGAUCCUCGGACUUAACAAACCGUGAUCCAGACUCCUCUUUUGGCGCCAUCCCUCAUCCCUUUAAUGGACUUUGGUUCCGGCGCCCCCUCGGGUUUUUUAACCGUUUGCCCUGUCCCUAUUUUAUUUUAUUGCCAUUUUUAAAGUUAUUUCAUUCCCUAUCGUUUUAACCCCCCCUUUUCACUGUAGCAAACAUAUCCCCCCUCCCAGUAAAUCCAAAGAGAAAGUAUGCGGGGCUGGUGGGAAGGGACCACCCCAUACACAGAGAAAUGUGGGAGGGCCGGCUGUAAAGAAGCCCACUUGUCGUGGAAGAGAGUUGAGGAUCGUUUCUAAUAAUACGAUGAAAAUGGCGUCAGGUUUUUUUCAGGAAUCACGCUCCCAGUCAAAAUCUGCAGCUGCGAGUCCUGCUCGUGCAAAAUCUGAGAGCAGGUCAGGAUCUCGUAGCCCAUCAAGAGCUUCUAAACAUUCUGAAUCACACUCUCGAUCAAGAUCAAAAUCCAGAUCUAGAUCCAGAAGACAUUCUCACAGGCGAUAUACUCGCUCUAGAUCCCAUUCUCACAGGCGGCGAUCACGGAGUAAAUCAUAUACCCCAGAAUAUCGGCGUCGAAGGAGUCGAAGCCACUCUCCUAUGUCCAACCGAAGAAGGCACACUGGCAGCAGAGUAUGUAGUGCUAAUCCAGAUCCUAAUACAUGUGUUGGAGUGUUUGGCCUCAGCUUAUAUACUACUGAGAGGGAUCUUCGAGAAGUCUUUUCCCGUUACGGGCCAUUGAGUGGAGUCAAUGUUGUGUAUGAUCAACGGACUGGGCGAUCAAGAGGAUUUGCAUUUGUUUACUUUGAAAGAAUAGACGAUUCUAAAGAGGCAAUGGAACAUGCAAAUGGAAUGGAGCUGGAUGGUAGAAGAAUCAGAGUGGAUUACUCUAUCACAAAGAGAGCACACACACCUACCCCUGGCAUCUAUAUGGGCAGACCAACUCACAGUGGAGGCGGAGGAGGAGGUGGUGGUGGUGGUGGAGGAGGAGGAGGAGGAGGAGGAGGAACUGGCCGUCGCCGUGAUUCCUAUUAUGACAGAGGAUACGACAGAGGAUAUGACAGAUAUGAAGAAUAUGAUUAUCGCUAUAGGAGGCGAUCACCUUCACCAUAUUAUAGUCGUUACAGAUCAAGAUCAAGAUCUCGUUCCUACAGUCCAAGGCGUUAUUAAGAAAAACAGUCAGUUACAGAGCAAAUACAAUUUUUCAACAGCAUGUUCCGAACCUAGCUUUUCCUGUUGGUUCCCUACCAUUAUCCUGUAUCCAAUUAAAAUGUUCCUGGUUCAUUAAGAUGUAUUUUCUUUUGAAAUACCCUUUUUCUUCUCUUCUUAUAAUAUUCCAGGUGUAAUUGUUGUAGUUUUAUGUACUUAAAUACCUUUAAACAAAAAUUAAUGGGAAUCCCAAGAGUGGUAAAAUAUUUUGUAAUUCAUGCAUUUGUUUGUUUUAUUAAACAAGUGGAUUUUUGUUCAACCUCAUGGAGAAAGAACUGGUGUGCUAAUGCUUGCAUGUCGUAUUUUCAGUAGAAAACUACUACUUUAAUAACCUCUCAUCUUUUGUUUCAAAAAAAUCUGCUUGUCCAGUUUAUUUCACUCUAACACAAUUUGGUAUGUUAAUCUGAAGCCAGAAUUUCCUGUAUCCUUAGUUUAAUAAUUAAAACAAUAUUGGACUGGAAGGACUAUACCUUGGAGGGUGAGAAAAAAACCCUUAUACCCGACACUCUCUUUAAUGAGCUUUGGUAAAAUAAUCCCAGUACUGCUGAGAGGAAAUUGAAAUUUCUUUUAAAUACCAAGCUGACCUGCAAAGUAUUCCUCCUAUUUUUAUUACUCCCUAAUCAGGAUAAGCCUAAGUGACUGGAUAUAAGAAUUAUUUGAUCUGUUCACACAAGUCUACAUGAUACAGAAAUUAAGAUGAAGCAGGUUCUAUUUAGUAGUAUGGUCUGAAAUUGUAAUUAUUUGACUUUUCAAAAUAAAUUUAAAUUGUACAAAUGUA